UGUAACGUCGGAUUUUUCUUCACGAUGGACGAAGUCGAAGAAAACACUAAUAUUGUUACCGAAAUUCGUAAGCUACGGAAAAAGCUUCGUCAGAUUGAAAAUUUGGAACGUUUGGACAGGCCAUUAAAUCACGAAGAAAAUCUAAAGGUUGCCAAGAAGGGUGCUGUUCGCUCCCUCCUCCAAGAGAAGGUAAAACUCGUUCAAGAAGUCAUCUCCACCACCCCCGAGACUUCAACCAGCACACCAGACUCUGAAACCAAUCCCCCAAUCCCUAAGAACUCCCCAGACCCAAUUCCUGAGGAAGACGCUGAGGGUGGUGGGGAGACCAAGAUGAAGAGAAGUGGUGAUCAUUUGGAGAGUGCUGAUAGCGAGGCAGUCGAUGGAAGACAAGAUGAGAGCAUAAGCCCUGAGAAGAUGAAGAGAGUUAUGGAUGAUGGGAAGGUUGUGACAAGUAAGGGUGGAGGAGAUACCAAGACAACCACAAUACAGGUUUCAGGAGCAGGACAAUCUAAAAAAGCAUCUCAGAAAUCACCAGCAAAGGGUCAGUCUGCGCUGGAGAAUAAGAGAGAGAAAUGGUCAAGGAUGGUAUUCAGUGUCCAGGAUGUAGAUGGCCAUAAUGAUCUGAUAACCAGUGUAGAUUGCAAGGACAAUGUUAUUCUUUCUGGAAGUCGAGACACCACAGUGAAAGCCUGGAACACUAGGACGGGUGAUGAGAGGUGUAGUCUUGGAGGUCAUAGCGGUGCUGUUACAUCUGUACAUCUGCUGACCAGCGAGCAAAACCAAGCAUUAGCAAGUCAUUAUAAUUUUGAAGCCAAUACAACCUGCCAUCUUGCUCUAAGUUCAUCUAAAGACUGCAGUGUGAGGCUAUGGGACUUAGACUCCUCCAAGGAGCUUCGAUCCAUUUACACAUUCAAUCCUGUGACAGCAAUGGCAUUUCUUAAUGACAUUUCUUGUGUAGUGACUGGAUCUGAUGGAGGAAAGGUUGAGAUGUGGGACGUUAUCAAUGGUGAUAACCUCUUCUCUUCUUUAGCGCAUGAAGACCAUGUGACGUGUAUCAAGGUCAGAGGUCAGCGGGUGGUCACUGCAUCCAGUGAUGGGGUCAUCAAACUUUGGGAAUUGAGGGACAGGUCGCUACAUGUCAUCUUUGAGUCAGAGAAUAUCCACAGCCAAUCAGGAACUCUGGUUCAACGACCAAUCAUGUCCUUGGGAUUGUCCGACACUGACAUCUACUAUGGUGACGAAGGAACAAAUAUUAAAAUUUUGGAUUGGAAAAGAGGCAGUGUGAGGAAGCUGAGGAAUCACGUUGGUGAGUUUGGCAGCACCUACUCCAUGCUUCUCACUGAUGAUAUCACCAUGUUUUCAUCUUAUGACCUUGACAAUGGAGUUGGGGCUAUCAAUGUCUUCUCUGCACCUGACAAUCAUUACCUUGCCACACUCUGUGACCCAGAGACGAGCCAGAUUGAGUCCAUAUCUUGCCUUGACCAAUCAAAUCCAUCGAUGUGCUUCGUAACAGCAGGGCAAGAGCUGAGGAUAUGGCGUGCAUUGCCUAUCAACCACCGCAGUUCAGCAGGUGCCAUCUCUGUGACCUUUGACCCUGCCCUUACGAUACCGGCGGAUGAUUCUGAUGACGAGUCAAGUGAGUCUGAGCUGAGCGGAGAUGACGUGAUCAAUAGAGGUUCAACCAGGGGAUCGAACAGGAGAUCAAGGAGAAGAGGGAGCAUUGAUUCUGAGCAUCAAGAUUCUUCCUCAUGGCUCUCAUGGUGUUCAUUAAUAUGAAAUCAUUGUGGUUUGGUGAUCUCUUUCUUGUCUCAAAUAUUUAUAUUGAAAAUGACAUUAUUGGGAUGGGGUAGCAUAGGAAGAAUGACAGGUGAUUUCACCCUCAUCACAGCCUAAAUAACCCCUAAAACUCCCCAAGUCGAAUGCUUUCAUUUGGGGCCAACCGUCUUUUCUUGAGUCGCCCCAAGAUCUGCCACAGACAGUAUUGUUAUAACAAUAGAACAGAAUUAUGAUAGUUGCAUUCACAGCAUAAUAACUUGUUGUGCAAAAAAUACAGCCCUUAAAAUGAAAGAAAUAGUGCCCCCGGAAUAAUAGCCCCGAUGAGAAUAUAAACAUAGCCCCACACCCCUCCCCAGAAUUAUUUCCUACCCUAGUGUGUGUAUGGGGGGAGGGGGUGAUAACACUGUUUUGUUGGCAUUGGUCAUAAAUGCGUGUACUUCAGAACUAUGGAUCAGGAUGGCCAUAUACUAUUUUCAUACAUAAAGGGAUCCCAUAUAAUGCAUUCAUGAUUGGGAGGGGUAUUGAUAAUUGGUCUCAUUUUUAGUUUAAUAACAAGCUAGAUGCAGUUUAAAUGAAAUAGGAACAUAAGGUGUAUUAACAUGAGCAAGCUGCUAUAGAAAGAUGCAUUAAUAUUACAUUUACUAAUUAAACUUCCAGCCAAUGUGUAGAUUGGUCAUGGAUGAGUAAACUGUUUGAUACACAUAGCAAUGCCAGUAUUAUAUCCAAUAUAAAUGUAAUCUUAUCCUGAUUGCUGUUUUCAGAAAUAAGAUGAAAAAAUUGAAAUGUUUUGUGCAUUAUUUCUUAAUAGAUUUUAUGUAAAUAUGAAUGUAAAUAGCUGCAAAGUUUAUGAAUUAUGAAAUUAUAUUAUUGACUUGAGAGCAAGAAAGGAGGAGUAGGGGGGUUUCAGAUUUAUUUUAUAAAGAAUAAAACUGCAGUGUAAAGCUCCUAUGUCUAUCAAUAUUGAGCUGUAACUUUUGAUGUUCAAUAUUCUGUAGAUAAACAUAUUUAUCAUAUCUUAUUUCCAGUGAUCUGGGGCCAAAUUCAUAUUACAUACAUCCCUGUUAACAUCAUUGUAACCAUGGAAACCUUGACUGUAUUCGUCUUCUGAGCCAUGUUACCAUUCCUUCAUUGAAAUAAGUUGUAACUCUAUGAAUUGGACCCCUGUCCCCCUAGAUGUGUUUGUAUUUCUGAAUUUCAGCUGAAGUUUGACAAUUUUCCAAACAUUUUGUUUUCAUGGACCAGUGCAGAAAACAUGACAAGUGUCAGCAUAGACAUAAUUAUAACUGGGUAAUAGUUAACAACCUCAGCACUUCAACAUUUCUCCAGGAGAAA